GAGGAUGCAGCCGGCAGUGCCAUGGAUAGGAAUAGGAUUGGAACAACAAGCAUGCAUGGUGACGGAGGAGAGAGACGGAUCGGCCACGGCGCGGAGUCUCGGAGAGGUGACGCGCGCCGUGAUACGUGCCCGCCUGCUAGACACGGGCGAGGUGCACGUGUGCACCCCCCAGCCGGAGCGAGCUCACGUGUCACCCUCUUUGUCCCAACCCAAAUCCUUUUCCAGUUCCUCCCGUCUCUUCGAUCUCAGGUCACCUACCUCACUAGCAAACCGGACAAGGUACGAUUGAACUCAGCUGCAGUCUGCAGCGCCUCAUCAAUUCCAGCUCGUCGCCGCAUCGCACCACUCGAGCUUACAACCUCGGUUCAUGGUUAUCUGCGCCGUUCUGUGCUGUGCAUGCAGAGAGGAGAGAGCUGGCUAGCUAUAGAGCGACGACAAAGGCGUGCGCCAUGACUCGAUCUGGUAAUAACUAGCAGGCAUGGUGGUUGUCUGGGGCUGCAGUCUCUUGGUCGCGGCCUGUGCGCGUGCGCGCGCGCUCCGGCGGGUGGUCCAGCUCCCGGCGCUCCUCUGCUGUGAGGCCAUGGUUUGGGCGGUGACGUUCCUCGCCUCCCCCCUCCGCCUGCUCACCGCCGUCGAGAGAGAGCGCAAGGCCCAGAUGGACGAUCUGGUGUGGGAGAACAAGGAUCUGGAAGAGAAGCUGCAGGCGGCGCUGAGGGAGCAGGAGGCCAUGGAAGCGGUUCUUGACGAGAUGGAGGAGGAGCACGAGGAAGCCUUUGCUAGGAUAGAUGUCCUCGAGAGCCAGCUCAAGGCGCUCGGGCAAGAGAACAUGCGGCUGAACGAGCACAAGGGGAAGUCCAUGUGGGACAAGGCACCGGCGGCGGCGGCCCAUCAUGGCAACGAUGGCAAGAACCCGUCCCAGUCUGACAAGAAGCCGUGGGUAGCAUCCAACAGAGACCGGGAAGAGGAAGAAGCCGCGGCGGGGGCACAUGAGGAGGCCUUCAAAUUGGCGCUGACGACGGCACCGGUCGCGGCCAGGAGCCUGACCUCGGAGGAGGCUAAGCUGGUCGCGCGGCGGCGGAGCCUGUUCAGCCUGGGCAUGUCGCUGGCGGUGGGCGCGGCGGUGUGGUCCGCGGACGCGCCGUGCCUGCCGCUGCUGGCGGGGCUCUUCGCCGUGGUGGGCGUGUCCAUGCGCAGCGUGUCGCGGUCCUGCGCCGCGCUGCGGAGGAGCGGGCCGGCCGUGGGCGACGCCGUGGCGCUGCUCAGCCUCAACUGGUUCCUCCUGGGCGUGCUCACGUCGCCCAUGCUCGGCCCGGCGCUCACGUGGUUCGCUGCUGCGAUGUCCCUGUGAAGCCGAGCGAAGCAGCAGCAUGUAUCGUGUUCGUCAGAUACCCGUUUCUGUAUGCUGUGCCUGUAACGUACGUAUACAAUAGUGAGUGUGGCUUUUACCUUGCCGCUUUACUCA